AUGUUUCGAAACAUUGUUUUAUUUUUAUGCAUCGGUUAUUGUUUGGCUCAAGAUUAUCCAAAAUAUACUGAAUCAUCUCCCCAGUUGACGUAUGUUGCUGAAAAAUAUCCAGCUGCACCUCCUCCACCUCCACCACCACAUCGACCACCAGCAAAUAAUGUAUACAAAACACCACCACCAACACAUGUAUGAUUUUUAUUUUUUUUUCGGCAAAACGUUCCGCAUCGGUACCCAAAAAUAUUUUACUUUCAGGUUUAUGUGACUCCGCCUCCUGUAAAAGCUACAACAACCAAAGCCCCAGCAACGUAUCCUGUGAGUUAGCCUAAAAUCUGUUUUAAAAAUUCUAAUGAUCUUCCAGACUGCCGCACCGCCUGCAAAACCUCGCCCGGUCGCCUAUAAUUAUCCAGAGCGGAAUCUACCACUCAAGGGAUGCUUCUACAAUGAUCACGGUUAUGCUUGUUGUAGUAAACCUCUUCAAGGAGCCAUGGAAGAGUUAGCCGAUGUAAUAAUUCUGAGCCCACUGAAAAAAAAUCUGAAAAAUUUCAGGAUCUUCUAAACAAUGGAACGUUUCAUCGAUGUAACGUUCAAAAAAUCGCCAACAAACUGCAAGAGAAAGUUCAAGAAGCGUAAGUCUGAUGUUAUCUAUAUUUAUUACGCUACCAGUUUUGGCUUCCAGAUUUGAGGAUGAUUUCGAAACCGUUGUUGGUUUAUCCGAUUUUGCGGAACGUGUACAUUUUCGAAAAUAUUAUGUUUGUAAAAUCGAAGUGAAUGGAAGGUAAAGCAAAAUUUCUGGAAAUUUUUCUCUCAUAUGGAAAUAUUUAUAGAUAUAUGUUGGCUUAUUCAACACCAGAGCAAUCUUCAAAACGACUUCGGGCAAAACGAGAUUAUAACUCGGAAGACGAUGAAAUUCAUGAAUACAAUUUCUGA